ACAUCGCCAACCGUCAGCCAUGAGUUCAUAUCGCCAACCGCCACUGAGGCCAUUACCACCGACGACCGGUACGCACAAGACGAAGGAGAGGAACAGAUAUUGGUGCAUUUCGACGAUGAAUCCGACAGGAACACAGCAUAUGAGCGACAGACGUGCCAAGUGGAGCCCAACAUUGGAGUGCAGCGAACAGUGACCAAGCGUAGCUCGCGGUCGUUCACAGGACGCAUGUCACGCCAGAGGAGUCGGAGGAUAGAGCUCCGGAGUCGACCGGGCAAACCAGGCAUCACUGUCGACACAAGCUUCACACGGCACAGGGGAGAGGAGCCACACCAGGUCUUUCCACGCGACUCGGAGAGAAGCACUGGCUCCGUCCGCAAGUCACCAUGGUUUGGGCUGGGGAGAAACUCGACCAAAAACAAAGGCCUGGGCAUCAGCAAGGGUACUCCACAACCAGAGCACCUGCAUCAGAAGAAGCAGAGCAUGGAUCGGAACGACAUUGACACUGCCACGUCCAUGGCCUCGAGUAAUAAGUCUUGGCAGGAAAUAUCUCCCUGGGACAGACGCAUCCCGAUAGGAAUAUCCGUCCCUACCGAUAGCAUAUCCGAUUUUAGCACCCUCCACGCAAACCGCCCUCGUGCUGGCAGCGACAACACACUGGUGACACCAAGCAUCAUCAUCACGCCUGCAGCAGUCAAAUCGGUUUGGUCGCCCGACACGCCCUAUACCGAGUCAGACUACACACCGAGCAUCUACUCUCGUUAUCAGUCGACCUUUGCCAACGCCAACGUUCCGCCUGUUCCCGCUCUGCCUGCCGGAGUCUCCCAAGCAAACAGCUCCGAAAAAGACGCGCGUAGGCAAUCUACCCACGUCAGAAACGAUACCCUCGAUUCUGCUGGAACUGCAUUCGAAGAGGACGAUGACUCAAGACGGAAAGAACGCAUCAUGUCUACCGGUACCGUAUUUGAGGAGGAUAUUACACCUCUGACCGAAAAGACGGCGGAGAACUCCUUGGCCAUCGACACGUCAAUGGUGCCUACUCCACGGCGGUCGCAAGGAUGGUGGAACGUCAUCACCACACCAUUCGUUGCAACACCCAAGUCGGCAACAUGGCCGGAUUCGGCAACAAAUGGCGACAGGACGCCAGAUGUGCCAAAGGUACCCGUGCAGUACGGAAUGAGUAAAGCAGAACCCUCCAGGCCGCCUAGGUCGCCACUUCAUCCAAUGGCAGCUUCAACAGCCAGUGCUCCAGUGGAGUCUGAGCCAGAAAAGCCCAGUGACCACCAAACACCCCCCGAGCCCCAGCGAGCCGUCACUUCCCCUCUGUCAACUAUGUCUGCGUCGCCAGUGGUUGGUACAGCGGCCAUUGGAACGGUCCUAAUGCCUCGCCAGGUCCAGGAGCCACAGCAGAUCAAUGUCAAUAUUGAAUUGCAGGACAGGCGACCGUUGGUAGAGAGCCAGCCCGUCCGGGCCAACUACCCACCAACUAUCCAGCAAGUGCACAUCUCAGCGCCAGCAGCACAACCACACGCCAUGACCUCUUCUACUACAAACGCCAACAGUUCGUCACAGAAUUUGCCCGUGUUUGCUCCGCCUCCAAAGGUGGCCCAAAAAGGCUCACAUUGGAGCUACGACAAUGCUAGUCGUUCCAGCUCCCACGCAUCUUCCCACGAUCUCAAAGGACGCAAGCAACACCGAAAAGUGUGUGACAUGGCAAGCAUGUGGCCAUUUGGAAAGAAGAAGAAGCAGAACCAGCACGGUGAGGUCAGAGAGAAGAAAAAGAAGAGAGGAGUAUGCUUCUGGGGAUGCUGCUGCUGUUUGGUCUUUUUCAUAUUGCUGGCCAUCAUAAUCCCAGUCGUGGUGGUAGUGACGAGGAAAAGUCAUGACGAUAGCAAGCCCACAGCAACCGUGCCAAGCGGAGAUGUCGGUAACCAGUGGCUCAAUCGGACAGACUACCCACCCAUGCCCGUUGGUGUCUUGACCAUUGCGCAGCCUGAAGUGGUAGAAGAAGAGAGCGGUUGCGUCGCGCCCACGACACUAUGGAGUUGUGCGCUGCCCAAAGAACAGCAACAAUCCAUUGCACCCAACAAGCCGGAUCAGCCCAACUUCAAGAUUGAAAUCACUUUUGAGAACGGUAGUGUCGCCGAGUUGCCAAAGGCUCAACGCGCAAGAAGGGCCGCAAACCCAGUAUCAGCUGGAGCUUUGAUUCGGUCGCUGCUUCAUGCGCGCGCUGCACCCUCGCCAUCGCCGGCACCUCCAUCAACUGCGGACAUGAGCUUCAUCGGACAGACGACGGAUGGAAAUUCGGCUCCAUUUGAAGGCGAAGAGACUGGCUUGUUGAUCAGCAUGAAAGAUCCCUCUACCAGCGCACCGCGUCUGGCGAAGCGCGUUGAUCCAGCCGACCCUACCAACAUUACUGGUGUGAUACCUCCGCCCAUGUUGGCUUCUGAUGGAACUGCCGCCCCUGCCAAUCUGCUUCCCUACCCUUCUGCACAACCCCUACGGCUGUACAACCGAGGAAAAGACAAUGAGCAUUACGGUUUCUACAGCUACUACGAUCGCUCCAUCUUCCUCAAGCAGAUCAACGGCACCAACCGUGGCGGGAACCCUGCAGAUACAGAUGGAGGAAGCACCAAGGAUGCAGCCAAGCUGAGAUGCACCUACGCGCAGACGCGGUUCCUGGUACAGAUCUGGACGCGCAGCAAAGACAGCAAGCCAUUGCUGCAAAAGUCUGCUUCCACGUCUAGCACGGCGGAUGCAUUCAAGCGACCAGGCACCUUUCCCUACCCAGUCACCAUUACCAUUGACCGCCACGGCGGAGAUGCUGCGAAGAAAAACCUCUACUGCUAUGAGAUGGAGGAUAACGGCACGAUCAAGAACGAGGAUUCGAAAAAGUUUUUCCAGUUUGAAGACCGAGGAUUCGGAGGUAAUCUGGUCAGAGGGACCCAGGGCCAAGAGAACGCCACCGGGCCCAUUGAUGGUGGAACUGGGGGUUGUCGUUGCCAAUGGCAGAACUGGCUCAACUGA